CCCGCGCAGCACCACUCGUCGGCGCUGAGCAUGUACCUGGGGGUGAGCCACAAGCUCUUCAUGGAGCAGCAGGCCGCCAAGGCCGAGGCCGCGGAGCAGCAGCGGCAGCAGCAGGAGCAGCGCCGCGAGCAGCACCAGCAGCAGAUGCAGCAGCACCAGCCGCAGCAGCACCACCACCAGAAGGACUUCUCCGAGAGGUUCGCCAUGUUCCGCAGCGCGCCCGUCGACCUGGACGGCCUGGCGGACGUGCUCAAGUCCGAGAUCAGCUCGUCGGUGGCCAACCUCGUCGACUCGAUCGUCUCGCGGUACAUGCAGCAGCGCCGCUUCAAGCCCAGCGACUCUGACCAGCUCAACAAGGACCUGCUACUCGCGUCGCAGCUCCUGGACCGGAAGUCGCCCCGCACCAAGGUGCUCGGCGAGGGCCGCGGCGCCAACGGGCCCCGCAUGAACGGCGGCGCGUUCGGCCCCAGCGGCAACCCCAACACGCCGACGCAGUCUGCGGCCUGCCCCGGCACGCCCUCCAACGGCAGCCCCGCCGACAUGAUGCCGGUGCGGCCGUCGCCCAACUCCAUGAUGUUCCCCACGCCCAAGCUGCCCAACGCGGCCGCCGCCGCCGCGCUCUACUCCAUGUCCGGGCUCGGCGUCAACCCCUUCGAGCACCGCGAGGGCGUGCCCGAGCAGAACGAGGCCCUGAGCCUCGUGGUGACGGCCAAGAAGAAGCGCCACAAGGUGACGGACACGCGCAUCACGCCGCGCACCGUGUCGCGCCUCCUCGCGCAGGAGGGCAUGCUGGGGCCGCUGGGCGCGCCGCUGGACGGGGCCACCACGCCGCAGCCGCAGCACCCGCCGCCCUCGGGCAGCCCGCGCACGCCCACCGCCACGCCGCAGCCGCCCCAGCAACAGGCGGCGCCGCAGCAGCCGCCCCAGCAGCAGACACCGCCCCAGCAGCAGCAGCACCUGCAGCAGCGGGGAUGCCCCAGCGGCGGGCCCAUGCACGGCCACCCCGACUCGCCGCCGCCCCCGAGCCAGCGGCCGUACCACCCCCACGGGCCGCACGGCCCCCACGGCCCCCACGGCCCGCCCCCAAUGCUCCCCGUGUCCCUGCCCACCUCGGUGGCCAUCCCCAACCCCGGACUGCACGAGAGCCAGGUGUUCUCGCCCUACUCGCCCUUCUACUCGCACGUGCCGCACAUGUCGGCGUCGCCGCCGCUGCCGAUGCGGGACUCGCCGCCGCCGCUGCCGCCCUUGCUGCACCCCGCCCUCAUGGCGGCCACCCACGCCCACCACGGCGGCUCGCCCGACUACGGCGUGCUCCGGGGCGCCUCCGGCCUGGACAGCCUCGACCGGUCCGACUGCAACUCCGGCGACGGGCCCUACGACAGCAUGCAGUCCAUGUCGUUUAGCUACCGAAUGAAGCACGAGGACCCCUCGUCGCUCUCCGGGCCGCACUCGUCCACGCUGACGCCCAUGCACCUCCGGAAGGCCAAGCUCAUGUUCUUCUGGGUGCGGUACCCCAGCUCGGCCGUCCUCAAGAUGUACUUCCCCGACAUCAAGUUCAACAAGAACAACACGGCGCAGCUCGUCAAAUGGUUCUCCAACUUCAGGGAGUUCUACUACAUCCAGAUGGAGAAGUACGCGCGCCAGGCGGCCGGAGAGGGCAUCAAGGCGCCCGAGGACCUCAGGGUCCUGGCCGACAGCGAGAUCUACAGGGUGCUGAACCUGCACUACAACCGCAACAACCACAUCGAGGUGCCGCAAAACUUCCGGUACGUCGUGGAGCAGACGCUCAAGGAGUUCUACAAGGCCAUCCAGACGGGCAAGGACUCCGAGCCGUCGUGGAAGAAGUCGAUCUACAAGGUCAUCUCGCGGAUGGACGACCCCGUCCCCGAGUACUUCAAGUCACCCAACUUCCUCGAACAGCUCGAAUGAAACGAGAACAAGCCUCGUGCUCGCCCUCGCGCGCCGUCCUGCCGGGACUCGUAAAGAGAUUCCUGUAGGGCCGCGCUCGAGGCCUGGACGUGGCGACUGCGGAGCGACUGGACGUCGGAACGCCCCUGGGAACGCCACCUAGGUGCACCCGGUGCACCGCCUUGGAUGUGCGGGCGUACCGGGCCGGCACCAUGCCGUCUCACUCUGCAGAACCCCUCGCCACGACCAGGGUAGCACGAUGUGCUUGCUCGGAUUGGUCCCCCCGUCCCCCUUUCCCCCCCGGAUCACCUGGAUCCACCCCUUGGUUCGACUCUGUCCGACUCGCCCGGACGUUGUGAUAUCUUCCACCCUGGCUCGGCCCAGAUCGACGCCUCCCAAGCCCCUUGGCAAAGACAUUGUCGUCAUUCUUGAUGGUUACUGUAUCAUAUUUAUUGUUGAUCCUGAGAAUUGUAAAUCGAAAACUCACCCGCUAUUGGGCCGUUAGGGUCAGACCAAAGAGCAAACAAGAUGUAGCUCGGCUGUCAGCUUGCGGAGUGGAUUUUUUUUAUUGUACAGAAAAUUA